AAAGUACAAUCGAAAGCCUGUUUCUUCGUUCAUUCAAGCGAGAGGGAGCGAGAGGAGGGAUUUCGAUAGUUCAGAGCGAAAUGAAGAAGGAAGAUACUGUAAAAUUGAUCAGCGCCGAGGGUUUCGAGUUCGUGAUUCACAAGGACGCUGCCAUGGUUUCUCAGACAAUUCGAAAUAUGCUUACUUCGCCAGGAAAUUUUGCUGAAUCGCAGCACAGAGAAGUGACUUUUCCUGAGAUUAGCACGCCCAUUCUCGAGAAGAUUUGCCAAUACUUUUACUGGCAUCUUCAAUUCGCCAGUGGGAAAGAGACCGAGUUCCCUAUUGAACCUGAAUUGACUCUCGAGUUGAUGAUGGCUGCCAACUAUCUCCAUACAUGAAUUAGAAGCUCUGGGCACUCUUCCACAGUGACCCAUUUGACAUUGGAAUCAGUAUUGUAGGCACAAAUAUUGCGGUGUAGUUUUUGUGCUUGGAAGCUCCAUUUUAUUUCUAAAUCAGAACGACUUUCUCCUCUCCUCUUCGUAGCAAAGGUAAACUCUCAUCUACUCUUCUUAGGGUCAUUGGCUACUGAACAUUUUUUCUAUACUUAGUUUUAUUGGAAUGGAAUGGCUUCUUUAUCUUCUCUGUGCAAAAAGGAGUAUAUUAUUCCCUGAAGACACAAAGGGGGGGGAGAUAGUGUGUUCCUUAUGGAUUUGUAUUUGUUAAAAGUGAAUGCUAAAUGUGAAUCAAUAAGCUGAGUAUUGCUUUUUAGGUGUGACUUUAAUGUUGCACUGUUUGAGAAUAAUAGCUAGGUUAAAUUAUACCAUAUACACCUAAACUUUGGGCCCU